UCCGAUUGAUAACAAAUCAUUUAGCUUGUGUGGACAAAGUGAAUGCAGCGACCGGAGUGUCCGAUUGUGCUUCCAUGAUCGGCUACUGUAAUAAUUCUGUUUACUAUACCCUGAUGACUGAGCAGUGUCCUAAAACCUGUGGGCGUUGUUCAUCUACAAGUUCAAGUUCCAACUUAUCUUCGACAACCACCUGUGUGGACAAAGUGAACACAGCAACUGGUGUGUCCGACUGUUCCAGAUUGGCCUCCUAUUGUCGAGUGGCCAGCUAUGUGACUCUGAUGCAAGAGCAGUGCCCAAGGACCUGUGGCUAUUGUUGCGUCGAUCGUGUGAAUAGCCACACAGGCAAAUCAGACUGUCCGUACGUCUCACGUUUAUGCGGUGAUUCCAAGUAUAGCCAACUAAUGAGGACACAGUGCCCAAAGACAUGUGGCUUCUGUUCAGUCGACGGAUCGACAGUCACCCCUCUGUAUUCAGGAGAAUGUCGUGACUUGGUGAAUGCCGCUACUGGAAAGUCAGACUGUGGUAAACGCUCUCAACUGUGCCGCAAUCCGAUCUAUAAGCAACUUAUGAGCCAGCAGUGCCCAAAAACCUGUGGUUGCUUCGAUCGUGUGGAUAGCCGAACAGGCAAAUCGGCUUGUCCAUACAUGGUCCGACUAUGUGGAGAUGGUAGAUACCGUACAGUCAUGCAGGAACAAUGCCCGAAAACAUGUGGUUUCUGUUCUGUAGGUGGAACAACAAUGACUCCCCUUCCCUACACAGGAUGCCAAGAUUUGGUGAAUGGAGCCACUGGGAAAUCAGAUUGUGGAAGUCGUUAUGAAUAUUGCAAAAAUCCCUUGUAUAUGGAACUUAUGGCCCAGCAAUGCCCAAAAACCUGCGGCUAUUGUUCGUAG